GUUUUUUUUUUUUUUUUUUUUUUUUUUUGGGUGAAGAAAGAGACUGGGCUGCGGCGUCUGGAGGGUUAACUUUCAGUAUUCCCAGCCUAAAAGGGGUUUGGGGGGCUAUGAGAUAAAGAUGCCGGGGUCGCUGAGUAAUGAAGACGAGGGACAAGACGACAUGGAUUUUGAAGACGAUGUGCCAGAUGAGGAUGACGAAGGUGAGCGCAACACCGUUCCCCUCACGCCCCUCGACAGCUUCUUCUCUGAUGACGACUCCCUCAAACAACAAAAGAAGAAGAAGCCCAAAAAGAUGAAAGAGGGGAAAAUGCCCAAAGUGAAGAAGAGGAAAAAAGAGGGAGGAAUUCAGGCACGAGUCGACAGCGACCUGGAGGAGACCUCAGAGGUGGAGGAGGAACGGGAACGUCCAGAAAUUGGCUCUGAGAGCGAAAGCAGCACCUACGGUCCCACCAAAAAGAAGAAGAAGAAACCGAAGGAGAAGAAAGAGAAAAAGCCCAGGAAGAAGAAGAGAGAUGACGAUGAUGAUGACGAUGAUGAUGAUGACGGCAACAUGAAAGAGCCCAAAUCUUCCGGUCAGUUGAUGCAUGAAUGGGGUCUUGAAGACGUUCAGUAUGGCUUCACCGAAGACGACUACAAAACCAUCACUAACUACAAGGCUUUCAGCCAGUUCCUCAGGCCUCUCAUUGCCAAGAAGAACCCGAAGAUUCCCAUGUCUAAGAUGAUGACAGUGUUGGGGGCCAAGUGGCGAGAGUUCAGUGCCAAUAACCCGUUCAAAGGCGCAUCUGCCACCGCUGUGGCCGCCGCUGUGGCUGCUGCCGUGGAAACGGUUACCGUGGCACAGCCAACGUCUGUCAGCAGCAGCCAGCUGAGCUCUCCACUAGGGCCAAUCAAAAAAGCCAAAACCAAAGAGGGAAAGGGACCAGGAGUUAGAAAGAAAAGCAAGACUGUGAAAGAAGUGAAGAAGAAAACGAAGCCGAAGAAGACCAAAUCAAAGUCAGGCCAAAGUGGGAAGAAGAAGAAAGCAUCCUCAAGUGAGGAGGACUUCCUGGAGGAGUCAGACUUUGAUGACAUCAGCAUCCACAGUGCCUCUGUGCUUUCUGAUACCUCGGGGGCCGCCACGAAGAAAAAGGCCCGACGUGGGCGUAAAAAAAGGAAAAAGGAGGACGGUGAUGGCUACGAGACAGACCACCAGGACUACUGUGAGGUUUGCCAGCAGGGUGGAGAGAUCAUCCUGUGUGACACCUGUCCCAGAGCCUACCACCUGGUCUGUCUGGACCCCGAGCUGGAGAAGGCCCCUGAGGGAAAAUGGAGCUGUCCACACUGUGAGAAGGAGGGGAUCCAGUGGGAGGCCAAAGAUGAGGAGGAGGAUGAAGAGGAGGCUGCAGGUGAGGAGGAGGAUGACCACAUGGAGUUUUGCCGAGUGUGUAAAGAUGGAGGAGAGCUUCUGUGUUGUGACACCUGCCCAUCAUCCUACCACAUCCACUGCCUCAACCCGCCACUUCCUGAGAUACCCAACGGGGAGUGGCUGUGUCCUCGCUGCAUGUGUCCUCCCCUUAAAGGUAAAGUACAAAAGAUUCUGCACUGGACGUGGGGAGAACCCCCGCUGCCCGCUGAGCUGCCUGCAGGCCCCGAUGGAAAGCCAUCUGAUCCGCUGACCAAGCCCCCACUCAAGGGCCACCCAGAGAGGGAGUUCUUUGUAAAGUGGGCUGGCCUUUCGUACUGGCACUGUUCCUGGGUCAGCGAACUGCAGCUGGAGCUUUACCACACGGUCAUGUAUCGGAACUACCAGCGUAAGAAUGACAUGGACGAGCCUCCGCCGUACGACUAUGGCUCCGGAGAGGAAGAGCUCAACAGUGAGAAGAGGAAGAGCAAAGACCCCCAGUAUGCCGUGAUGGAGGAGCGCUUCUACCGCUACGGCAUUAAGCCAGAGUGGAUGGUUAUCCACCGGAUACUCAACCACAGCUUUGACAAAGAUGGUGAUGUGCACUACCUGAUCAAGUGGAGAGACCUCCCUUAUGACCAGUGCACCUGGGAGGUGGAUGAUUUUGACGUCCCAGAAUACGACAGCCAUAAAGCCUCUUACUGGGACCACAGAGAGCAGAUUUUAGGGGAGGAUCAACGCCCCCUUGUGGUGAGGAAAGGAAAGAAAGUCAAAGACGACCAUGCAAAGAGGGAAGUCCCUCCUGAUGCUCCCAUCAUAGAUCCGACCAUCAAAUUUGAACACCAGCCGUGGUACAUUAAUGCCACUGGGGGAACGCUGCACCCGUACCAGCUGGAAGGCCUGAACUGGUUGAGGUUCUCCUGGGCUCAGGGCACAGACACAAUCCUGGCUGAUGAAAUGGGCCUGGGGAAGACAGUGCAGACAAUAGUGUUCCUCUACUCACUGUAUAAAGAGGGUCAUUCAAAGGGGCCCUUCUUGGUGAGUGCACCCCUCUCCACUAUCAUCAACUGGGAGAGAGAAUUCGAGAUGUGGGCUCCAGAUUUCUACGUGGUGACAUACACUGGAGACAAAGACAGCAGGGCGAUCAUCAGGGAGAAUGAGUUCACCUUUGAGGACAGCGCAGUGAAAUCAGGACGCAAAGUGUUCCGUAUGAAGAAAGACACUCCUAUCAAAUUCCAUGUGCUGCUGACAUCUUACGAGCUAAUCACUAUCGAUCAAGCUAUUCUGGGCUCCAUCACCUGGGCCUGUCUGGUGGUAGACGAGGCCCACAGAUUGAAGAACAAUCAAUCAAAGUUUUUCAGAAUUCUCAACGGGUAUAAGAUCUACUACAAGCUGCUGCUUACUGGGACUCCUCUUCAGAACAACCUGGAGGAGCUGUUCCACCUGCUUAACUUCCUCACUCCAGAGCGCUUCAAUAACCUGGAAGGCUUCCUGGAGGAGUUUGCUGACAUCUCUAAGGAGGAUCAGAUCAAGAAGCUCCAUGACCUGCUCGGGCCUCACAUGCUCAGGAGGCUGAAGGCUGACGUCUUCAAGAACAUGCCUGCAAAGACAGAACUGAUUGUCAGAGUCGAGCUCAGUCCCAUGCAGAAGAAAUACUACAAGUUUAUCUUGACACGGAAUUUCGAGGCUCUGAACUCCAAAGGUGGAGGGAACCAAGUGUCCCUGCUCAACAUUAUGAUGGACCUGAAGAAGUGCUGCAACCACCCCUACCUGUUCCCUGUGGCUGCUGUGGAAGCUCCUGUUUUACCAAACGGCUCUUAUGACGGCAACCUACUGGUGAAGUCCUCAGGAAAACUGACACUGCUUCAGAAAAUGCUGAAGAAACUCAAAGAUGAAGGACACAGAGUUCUUAUUUUCUCCCAGAUGACAAAGAUGCUGGAUCUGCUUGAGGACUUUCUGGAGUUCGAGGGGUACAAAUAUGAGCGUAUUGAUGGGGGUAUUACUGGAGGCCUGAGGCAGGAAGCCAUUGACCGCUUCAAUGCACCAGGCGCACAGCAGUUCUGCUUCUUGCUUUCAACACGAGCUGGAGGUCUGGGCAUCAACUUGGCCAGUGCAGACACUGUCAUCAUCUACGACUCUGACUGGAAUCCUCACAAUGACAUUCAAGCUUUCAGCAGGGCUCACCGUAUCGGCCAGAACAAGAAGGUGAUGAUCUAUCGCUUCGUGACUCGAGGCUCAGUGGAGGAGCGAAUCACUCAAGUGGCGAAGAGGAAAAUGAUGUUAACCCACCUGGUGGUGCGGCCUGGACUGGGCUCCAAAACUGGCUCCAUGUCCAAGCAAGAACUGGAUGACAUCCUCAAGUUUGGCACUGAAGAGCUUUUCAAAGAUGAAAUGGAGGCAGCACGAACCAUGGGUGAUAACAAGGAUGGCGAGGAGGGCAACGUGAUUCACUACGAUGAUGACGCCAUCUCAAAGCUGUUGGACCGCAGCCAGGAUGCCACUGAAGACACAGAGAUUCAGAACAUGAACGAGUACCUGAGCUCCUUCAAGGUGGCUCAGUAUGUGGUGAAGGAGGAGGAUGGAGAGGAGGAGGUGGAGCGGGAGAUCAUCAAACAAGAGGAGAACGUGGACCCAGACUACUGGGAGAAGCUCCUGCGCCACCACUACGAGCAGCAGCAGGAAGAUCUGGCCCGAAACCUGGGCAAAGGCAAACGCAUCCGAAAGCAGGUCAACUACAACGACACGACCCAGGAGGACCAAGAAUGGCAGGAUGAUCUUUCAGACAAUCAGUCGGAGUACUCCGUGGGGUCCGAGGACGAGGACGAAGAUUUCGAGGAGAGGCCUGAAGGUGGACGCAGACAGUCUCGUCGGCAGCUAAAGAGCGAGAAAGACAAACCUCUGCCGCCCUUACUGGCCCGAGUUGGAGGCAGCAUUGAGGUCCUGGGGUUCAACGCUCGCCAGAGAAAAGCCUUCCUCAAUGCCAUCAUGCGCUGGGGCAUGCCUCCUCAGGACGCCUUCAACUCUCACUGGCUGGUUCGUGACCUGAGAGGGAAGAGUGAGCGAGAGUUCAGGGCCUACGUGUCUCUGUUCAUGAGACAUUUAUGUGAGCCGGGGGCAGACGGAGCGGAGACCUUUGCUGAUGGAGUCCCCCGCGAGGGGCUGUCUCGUCAGCAUGUUCUUACCAGGAUCGGAGUCAUGUCCCUUGUCAGGAAAAAGGUGCAAGAGUUUGAGCAUGUAAAUGGGAAGCUGAGUUCUCCAGAUCUGAUUCCUAUCGGCAUGGAGCUGAAGAAACUGACUGAGAGUGUGUCCUCUGAUCCCAACACUCCUGUACCAGCCAGCCCUGUCGCCACACAGCCCGGCACCCCCGUCCCACCAGAGAAGACUGAGUCUUUCUUGGGCGCCGCUGAGGACAAGGAGACCACAGAGCAAGACAGCAAGAAACCGUCAGAGCAGGAAGCUCCCAGCGCCGAGUCGACAACUGUACCUGAGAAGGCAGCUGACAGUGAAGAGAGCAAGGCCAGCUCAGAGGAGAAAACAGGAGAUGAGAGGAGCAGAACUGAGUCACCCUGCACAAAGACCGAGCCAUCUGCUAACCCAAAAGACUCUGCUCCCAAACAGACAGAGCUGCCAUCCAGUCAUACCUCACCGAAGACGGAGCCAUGCAAAGAAACAGAGAAGUCCUCCGAAAAAGGAGACACAGAUUCUCCUCUGGCAAAAUCUGAGGACAAGGAAAAUAAGCCAGAUGAUGUGAAGAGUGAAGAUGCAUUAGAGGGUCGAUUAAAUGGAGACAAAGACACUUUGGAUGAGAUAGAUGAGAGCAGGAAGGAGGACAAGAACGGAUUCAAAGCCAAGUUUAUGUUCAACAUCGCUGAUGGAGGUUUUACAGAGUUACACACCCUGUGGCAAACAGAGGAGCGAGCGGCGCUGUCUUCUGGAAAGAUGCAUGACAUCUGGCACCGUCGCCAUGACUACUGGCUGUUGGCUGGCAUCGUAACACAUGGCUACGCUCGCUGGCAAGACAUUCAGAAUGACCCGCGUUAUGCGAUUCUGAAUGAGCCCUUCAAGACGGAGAUGCAUAAGGGCAACUACCUAGAGAUGAAGAACAAAUUCCUGGCUCGCCGCUUUAAGCUGUUGGAGCAGGCUCUGGUGAUCGAGGAGCAGCUGCGGCGGGCGGCUUACCUGAAUAUGACCCAGGACCCCAGUCACCCGGCCAUGGCUCUCAACACCCGCUUCGCUGAGGUCGAAUGUCUGGCAGAGUCCCACCAGCACCUGUCCAAAGAGUCUCUAGCUGGGAACAAGCCUGCCAAUGCUGUGCUGCACAAAGUUCUGAACCAGCUGGAGGAACUUCUGAGUGACAUGAAAGCAGAUGUGACACGACUUCCCAACAUGUUGUCCAGGAUCCCACCGGUGUCAGCCCGCCUGCAGAUGUCUGAGAGGAGCAUCCUGAGCCGCCUCACCAGCCGAGGCAGCGAACCUCCACCACAGCAGCCUUUUGCCCAGGGUGGGUUUGGCUGCUCGCAGAUGUACGGCAGCAGCUUUGGUGGAGGCUUCAGAGGACCAGGUGGACAGCCGAUGGUCAACUACAGUCAGAUGCCUCUGGGACCUUACGUCAGCGGUAACAAUCAACACUUGCAGUCGAUCCUAGUGUCAUCUAACGGCCCCCCUCCCCCUACAAGCCAUCUGGACAAGAAGUCACUUGACUCCUUGAGAGACGUGGCGACGCCUGACCUCAAGUCUGGCAAACCAAGUGAUGUCAUCUGUAUUGAGGACUAGACUAGCUCUGUAACACUGACCCGAGGUCAGAAACUCCCAGGGAUGGAAUCUGUAUGGAUGACUGCUGCCCAUCUCUUAACCACAUCCUCCUCUGUCUCCUGCUCCUUUCCUGGCUCCAAAAUCUCCAAAAUCAAGCUCUCUGCUGUCUAAGGGCAAGGCGAUUAACUUUUUAAUUAAUGCAGAUGUAUCUAUCUUAACAAUUGCACUUUUAUCUUUCGAGGAUCCUAUAGCAGUCAUUUCAGUAGAUAUGUGUUUUUGUUUACCUGCGAUGUGGAAGCUGCGGAUUUGGAGGAAAAACUGAGCAGCUUCUUAGAGAGAGGAUUUUUUUCUGCCCUGCACUACAACACGAAACUCAAGCGACUUAGUGAGUUUCUGAUGCUCUUGAUUGGGGCUCAUUCUAAUUCUCGGAAUGUGUGUUUUGUUCGUGCCAGCCUCGACGUUUUUCACUCUGCGUGCGCCCUGUUGCUUUUAUCCAUUUGCCUACUCACUGUACACUGUGACUGUGCCGCUCCGGAGCUUGUUUCCUGUGAAGACGAAAGAAAUGGAGGAUGUCCUCAGUCAUCGUUUGAUAGGGGAUUGAUUUUUUUGAAGGCCAAUAUUGUUACUUUAACUGAAUAUGUGUUUUUUGUCAUUCAUGUUGUAACCAGUGGAUAAAAUAUUGAUUUGAAAGCAUCAAAGACUAUUAUCAUGUAUGCAGUAGCUGGACACAGUCUGUCUGAAUCCUCUAAAGACUGCCACCUGCUGGUAACUUGGAAGAAGUCAUUUCUGCCAAACAUGCAGCGACACUUGACUGCAGCACCUAGGUAAAGGUUGGCCUCUUGUACUGUAUAUACUCAGAGACUGCUGUUUAUUUUACCUCACAUAGGUCUAAUGAUAGUGAAAAUAUGUACACAUACAUGGAUGAAAUCAGAAGAAGGCUUGGUGUUGAGCCGAAGAAACACCAGAAGUGACACAAAGGCUUUUUAAUGCAUUUUAGAGAAGACUGAGUAUUUCUGUGUAUGGUACAAUAUUUGUGAUCCUUUCUAUAUUUGAAUGUUAGUAGUGGCUGUAGAGCUUAACCCUAGGGCCAUGACCAGUGGGACUUGACUAUAAACAGAGCUCAUCUGGUCUACAUACAGGGCUUCAGUGUUCACUCUGAGACCAGAGUCCUGAAUGGAGGGUGGCUUUUGUUCCUCUUGUAUCCCAGGGACUUGCCCAGUUCCCUUUUAACUCUUAGGACUAAAUAAGAACAUAUGUGCUUAUGGUGCAGAGUCACCUUAAGUGUAGUAUUUGACGCAAACUGAGCUUUUGUUGGCUUCUCUUUAUGUUAAGGUAAAAAUCUGAUGUAUUUGGUCACUUGGUGCCAUUAAAGAAGAUAAUCCAGAAUGAUUUGUUCCUCGAUGCAGUGCGUUUCCUCCACAGAGGUGAAGGCUGUGGAUGGUGGUGUCACAGUCCCAACCUACAUCUGAAGGAAUAUUCUCUGUAUAUCAGCUUUUAAAGACCAAUGUUGCACAGCAUUACUCUUAGAUGAUGUCUUCACUUUCAGCUUCCUCAUUUAUGCUUUGCUUCUUUCAAGAGUGAGCAUUUUCACCUAUUGCUUUACCUGCUGUUAGUUUGGUAGAACGACAUAUCUAGUCCACUUCAUCUACAGUUAUGAUGUGCUAAAGUGACUGUCCACUAAGUAAAACAAUCUUUUAUAAAUUCAACCUUACUAUAUUUCAUUUUUUAUGAAGGCAUUGCUAAAAUGUUUGAACUCAAAGUGCAAAUCUUUGUUGACAUGUUUUUCUUUUUCCAAAGACCAGUGGCAUUACCUGUUUGUAUUAUUGUCGCCAUUGCCACAGCACUUAUUUGAAAUCGCUGGGAUGACAAUUGUGAUUGACUAAUCUAAAGUGAAGAGGUAGUGUUGUACAAAGUUGGUGAGUGUAUUUUCUUACUCUCUUUUUGCCAAUUCAAAUGAUUGUCCGGAGGUGCUCUCUUCUGAACCGUUUUCAUUUACCAAGAUUGUGUAACUACAGCCUCUUUGUCCAUCCUUCCUCAACACGCUAAAACUCUAACCCACCCCUGAAACAUCGCCCUUUGGAAAGCACCACGAGAAGAACCUUGAUCAUAUCAGUUUUGCGCUACUCUUCCUUAAUGCUGAUCAGUGCUGUUUUGUUUACUGUGUUUCUGUUCAUGCCAUCAGCUACUUGACCAUGACAUGGUUGGUUGACAGAUAGAACCUCAGAAACAUGUAAAUACUUGAAAGAUUUUUCAGAGAUAAGUCCAUGUCAUAUAGAUUUUUGUAUUAAACUGGAAAAAAAAGAUGAAUGUCUACUGGAUGGUGUUGCCAUAGAACUGCUAUGUGCACCGUAUGUGCUCAUUCAAUCAAAAUCACGUCUUUUUCCCUCUGGAGCGACGAUCGUGAGAUGACGUCAAAAACACAAUACUCCAAUGAAAUGCAAUCAAACUGAAGUCAGUAUGAAUGUAAUAUCUGUUAAAAAAAGGCUUCAGUCUAAUACUAUAAAUAUGUUAACAGUGUAUGUACAUGCUUAUUAACAUGGCUUCAAAAGCUACCAAAAGACCCUGACAAAAGGCACCUUUGUUGCAGUGAAUGCACAGCAUGUGAAGCGUUUGAUAUGACGGUUCACUUUUGGGAGGUGGUAAUGUAUCUAGCAUUUACAGACAAUGAGCUCCAAGCUGUGUUAUGGUUCUGAUAUUUGUGCUGUAUAGCAAUUGAAUGAAAAAAAAGUGAAUUGUCAUCUUUUUAUUUGUAUUAUGUGUAUUUGUUCAAUGUGUUUUAAUAAAUCUUCUGGACAACAGAAA